UUUAAGGAGAAAAUGACUAACUGAUAACUACACACACGAAGAAUAGAAAGCUGAUGGGUUUUUCGAAAUUAUUAAUGAAUUGGGAAUUAAUAUAGUAUAAGUAUUCAUGCUCAUAUAUGUGUGUUCAUUUGAUGUAUUUAUUUAUCAGUUGAUGUUGUGUACUGACGUACUCACAUAAAGGCAAUAAAAAAGUUACCAUGUUUCGAAAAUCCUAUGUAACAUUCUUCAAUAACCUUUUCAUUUAAAACUUCGUUAUAACAAGAAUAUGAAGGUUAUACUGAAGUCUAUAGUGGUCAAAUCAUUUUCUAAAAGUUCAGCAAUGGUAAAAUAUCUUGAUCAACAAGAAGCCAUAAAUAUCGACAAUGAACUUUUCAAUGAAUAUCAGUUCACUGUAGACCAACUGAUGGAACUGGCAGGUCUCAGCUGUGCCACUGCCAUAGCCAAAACUUAUUCGAAUUUGGAGAACAAAUCGAUUCUUGUAUGUUGUGGUCCAGGAAAUAAUGGUGGCGAUGGUCUAGUUUGCGCCAGACAUUUAAAACUGUUCGAUUUCAAUCCGAUCAUAUGUUGUCCUCAACCAAAUGAAAAGGAGCUGUUCAACAGACUCACAAAUCAAUGCUUCCUCAUGGACAUUCCUAUUAUUGAUUGUACGCCGGAAGCAGCUGGGAUCGAAGAGGAAUUUUCCUUUAUAGUAGAUGCUAUUUUCGGAUUCAGUUUCAAGCCUCCUAUCAGGAGAACAUUCGUCCCGAUUAUUGACUACAUGAAAAGGACCAAACUGCCGAUAAUAAGUAUUGACAUACCAAGCGGAUGGGAUGUGAACGAAGGAAAGCCAGAUGGAGGUAUUGAACCUGAAAUGUUGAUUUCUCUUACUGCUCCCAAAAAGUGUGCCGAAUCUUUCACUGGAAAAUACCACUUUUUGGGAGGUAGAUUCGUACCGAAAAGGUUACAGGACAAAUACAAUCUCCAAUUACCGAAAUAUGUUGGAACUGAACUUUGUGUUGCACUUCAUUAAACUGAGUACAAACUUA